CAUGAUCUUGUGGGCGUGGCCAGCGCUUGUCCUGGAGUAGAGGUGCAGUAUGUCCGCUCCGGAGAGGGAGGCCCGGCGGCUGUUCUCUGAGACGUUCGGAGGAGAACCGGAGAUCGCGGUCUUCUCCCCCGGCCGAGUCAAUCUGAUCGGAGAACACACUGACUAUAAUGCCGGCUUCGUACUGCCCAUGGCCUUACCUCUUAUCACUGUGAUGGUGGGAAGUCGGCGUGAUGAUGGGAAGAUUUGCCUUCUGACCACCGCUGAGGGGGCGGAUGAACCCCAUAAAGUGGAGUUUGCAGCCCCGAGUACAGACAAUCCUCUAGUCCCUGGGACACCUAAGUGGGCCAACUAUUUAAAGGGGGUAAUCCAGCACUACAGAGCUGGACCUGUUCCUGGGUUUAAUGCAGUGAUUGCCACGAGUGUUCCAUUAGGCGGAGGCCUAUCCAGUUCUGCAUCUCUGGAGGUGGCUACUUACACCUUUUUGCAGCAGCUCUGCCCAGAUGAUGGCGAUGUUGUUCAAAAAGCUCUUGCAUGUCAGAAAGCUGAACAUACAUUCCCCGGAGUACCCUGCGGGAUCAUGGACCAGUUUAUCUCAGUGAUGGGGAGAGAGGGACAUGCUCUGCUCAUUGACUGCAGAUCAUUAAAGGCAACAGCGUUUCCCCUGACAGACCCCAAACUGUCCGUGCUUAUUACCAAUUCCAAUGUGCGUCAUGAGCUAACAGGGAGCGAGUACCCGACACGCAGGAAGCAGUGUGAGGAGGCUGCCAGGGCCCUCAAUAAAGAGUCCUUGAGAGAUGCUAGUAUGGAGGAAUUGGAGGCCAAAAAAAAGAACCUCAGUGAGGUUUGCUAUAAGCGGGCACGUCAUGUGAUCACAGAGAUUGAGCGCACAGCUAAAGCGGCACAAGUGUUGGAGAAAGGGGAUUAUAAAUUGUUUGGCAAAUUAAUGGCGGAGAGCCACAACUCACUGAGGGAUGACUAUGAAGUUAGCUGUCCGGAAUUGGAUGAACUGGUUUCAACAGCUCUGGAGGUUCCUGGUGUGUAUGGCAGCAGGAUGACAGGAGGUGGUUUUGGAGGAUGCACAGUGACCUUGUUAGAGACUUCAGUUGCCGAACAAGCCAAACGGGAAAUUCAGGAGAAAUUCAAGGGAACCCCAACAUUCUAUGUCAGCAAGCCAUCUGCUGGAUGUGGCGUCUUGUCAUCUUAAUGGCGGCUAGUGAAUGUACCUUUCCAGUUGUGAAAUAAAGCGGCUUUAUUUUUAUCUGCAUUUUAUUAGUGUAUCAUUCUUGGC